CUCCCCGUCUUGUUUCUGUCUCUCUCUCUCUUUGACGACAAAUCCAACUCAGCUGGACUUACCGCUGCUUCAGAGAUCGUCACUAGCUUUGCUGUCUCAGUCUCAAUCUCACUUUUAGACAGUCCCUGAACGGACUAACGCUCUCUCUCGCCUCCGACCAUCCUCCGAAGGUUUCCGACCAAAGUACCAACGGUGUGCGGGCAUCAUGUCCACGGUUCAGAAAUGGACGGUCUCUGAGCCCUAUCUCGACAUACCCGGUACCCUACUCGAGGGUCCGUUCCAUGAUGAGGCCAGGAACGAAUUUCGCUUCGUGGAUAUCUUAGACCAGAAGCUCUAUACUCUCGACCUUGCACAAGGUCCUUCGUCUUUGAAAACCUUAGACAUUGUCAACUCGAUCGGAGUCACCGCCAAUAUUGCCGGUGAUUCCCACCAGGAUCAGAUAGUUGUAGCCGCUAAACAUGGAUUUGCCCUGGCCAACCGCGAUACGGGGGAGUUGUCCUAUAUCCGCGCUGUCUGGGAUGAUCAGAAUGAUCCGAACAAGUCCAUUAGACAUAGGAUGCGGUUCAAUGAUGGAGCGGUCGACAGCCACGGCCGAUUCUGGGCCGGGGCCAUGAACGACAACAAAUUCGUACAGCCAGGUCCCGUAGGGACCAUAUUUCGCCUGGAUCCGGAUUUGAAACUGUAUCGUAUGGUAGAGCAGGUGACCAUCCCCAACGGAAUUGGCUGGAGCCCUAACGACGACACGAUGUACCUGACCGACUCGCCCACGGCCAAGAUUUACGCCUUUGACUUUGAUGCCAGCACCGGGGCGAUCAGCAACCGGCGCGUCCACUUUGAUCUUGCGGAACCGCAAGAGCCAGAUGGAUUUGCCAUUGACACGGAGGGUUGCAUCUGGAGUGCCAUCUACGGCGGUGGACGGGUCAUCCGUAUUUCGCCCGAAGGCAAGGUCAUUGGAGUAGUCUCGGUCCCGACAAGGAAUCCCACCUGCCCGGCCUUUGUUGGGACGGAGCUGUUCAUCACCACGGCCAAAGAUGAUACGAAUGAUGAGGCGCUGCCAGAGUCCAUCCGGUAUGGAGGACGACUAUUCCGGGUGGAUGUUGGGGUCCGGGGCCAGCCUAAGAAUCCGUUUCGACUUGAAGGGUAAUGAGGAAUAAGCCAUGUAGAGAACCGG